AUGGUAGACGAGAGUGGCAAAAAAGAUGAAGGUGAUGGGAAGGGUUCGGCUUUACCAUCCAGCACUGAUACAAGUUCGUUUUCCAGUAUUUUAGCCAAUGUUGCUAAAAUGCGGGCACAGGCUAGUGGUGAUAUUCAAAAGGGUGAUUCAGCACAAAAAAGCCUAAAUAGUAUAUCCGGUACAAAGCCGUUAUCAGGUGUGCCAUAUAAAUCCUUAAAUGGAGUUAGCGAUGUAUCGCAAUUUCGAACGGCUCGUCAAGUUCAGCAUGAUAUAAAUGCAAAUAUUAGAUAUGGGUCUCAGAAGAAGCCGAAACAAGUGAUAAUUAGGGGCCAGUCGGGAAAGAAAUCGAAUUACGAAACUACAAAACAUACAAGACUCAGAAAGCAUACAUUCAGUUCUAUUCAGGUUAACAAAACACAAAAUGGUAAUCCGUUACUCACAUAUUUAACCAGUGUCUCAUACAAAUUCAACGGUCAGAUUCAUGACGUCGACUACUUAGUGAACUCACGCUGCUUCGCCAUCUUUUUGUCGGUAAAGUAUCACAAGUUACAUCCUGAAUAUAUAUACCAUAAAAUACAAAAGAUUGGAUAUAAUCCCUCCAACAAAGGAAUGCUACGGUUAAUGUUGGUUCUGGUUGAUGUGGAAAGUUCGGAUGACUCCAUGCGGGAGUUGAAUAAACUGUGCUUGCUUAAUAAUCUGACGUUAAUUGCUGCCUGGUCUUUCGAACAGUGUGCAGACUAUCUAACCGGUCUAAAACAAUGUGAGAUGAAUACUGCGAAAACUCUGAUUCAGGGAAGUUCAAAGCGAGAUGAUGACAUAGAUGACGAUCUAAGCUAUUAUAAGCGUGUUGUAGAGAUUUUAACCACGAUAAAAGCAAUUAACAAAACCGACGCUAUCAAUUUGGUUUCUCAUUUUGGAAGUCUUAAAGAGCUUUGCCAAAAAGCAAAUGAAGCAAAUCUUCAAGAAAUACCUGGAAUGGGACAAAGGAAGAUAAAGCAACUUUUAAAGGUCAUUAACGAUCCUUUUGUGUACAGGUAA